CUUCGAGCGACCGGAGCGGCAGACAAGAAGAUGCAGGCCAAGCUCGAGACGUUGCCGUAUGCCCUGCGAACUGGUCCAAAGCUGUUCAAACCUAUUCGGGCGAUUGUACUGGACAGUGGGUAUGCGUCUAUGAAGGAAGUGAAUGAAGGAAUCCUGCGUGAAAUGCAACAAGAGGGUUUUCCUGUGCCCAAGACGGUGAUGAAAGUGGCUGUAGCUGCCAUCAACAAGAGCGUGAGGAAACGCACUGAAGUCGAUAUCGAGCUGCUGCGGCCUGUGGACUUUGUCGAGCUCUGCUACGCCCCCGCACUCUUCGUGGCAGCCAACGAUGACAGGUAUGUGCCCAAGGAGCAGAGCCACGAACUUGCUAGCAAAUAUGCUGGACCGGCCAAGAUUCUUCGUGUCGAAGGCGAACACUAUGAUCCACGCGAUGCGUCCGCGUAUACGAAAGCCGCCGACUUCCUGUACGACUCACUACAUCCCAAGCCGUAGACAGCAAUGGUAUAAGCAGUUGUGUGUUGGUUCAAACAAAUAAAAUAGAUACUAGUCCGUCC